UCUGUCACUUAUCUAAAGAUUUUAGUACAUAUUUUUAGGUACGAAUUUUACGAAAAUACGACGUAUAAUACAAUAAAAAAUGCUGCGCCAGCCGCUUACUAGGGCGCUUAAGCUGAGUUCGCCGGCGCGUGCAGCGCCGCUGGCGGCUCGCACCUUCUCUGCACAGCCUCCAGCACCAGAAAAAUUCGAAGUCUUCAUAGAUGACAAACCUGUCCAAGUAGAGCCUGGCACCACAAUUUUACAAGCUGCAGCCCUAGUGGGAGUUGAGAUCCCCCGUUUCUGCUACCAUGAGCGCCUUGCUGUUGCUGGUAACUGCCGCAUGUGUCUUGUGGAAAUCGAGAAGUCUCCCAAGCCUGCAGCAGCUUGUGCUAUGCCUGUGAUGAAGGGAAUGAGGGUCAAGACCAACUCAGACUUGACAAAGAAAGCCCGUGAGGGUGUGAUGGAGUUUCUCCUUGUGAACCACCCUCUGGACUGCCCUAUCUGUGACCAGGGUGGUGAAUGUGACUUGCAAGAUCAGUCCAUGGCGUUUGGUUCAGACAGGAGUCGCUUCACUGAUAUUCAUUUCUCUGGCAAGCGUGCUGUUGAAGAUAAAGAUGUGGGUCCAUUGAUCAAGACCAUUAUGACUCGGUGCAUCCAUUGCACAAGAUGCAUCCGGUUUGCAUCCGAGGUGGCUGGUGUUGAUGACUUUGGUACUACUGGCAGAGGUUCUGACAUGCAGGUCGGAACCUAUGUGGAGAAGAUGUUCCUAUCUGAGCUGUCUGGCAACAUCAUUGACCUGUGCCCGGUCGGCGCGCUCACCUCCAAGCCCUACAGCUUUGCUGCACGACCCUGGGAAACCAGGAGGAUCGACUCUGUAGAUGUUUUAGACCCCCUGGGUAGCAACAUCGUAGUUGCGACGCGUACUAAUGAAGUCCUGCGUAUUCUCCCAAGGACCAACGAGGAGAUCAACGAGGAGUGGUUAUCCGACAAGUCUCGGUUCGCAUGCGAUGGUCUGAAGCGCCAGCGCCUGGUGACUCCUAUGAUGAAGGACAGCCGCGGAAACCUCACGCCCGUCGAGUGGGAGGACGCUAUGGUGGCCGCCGCCAGAGCUCUGCAGGACUGCCCGCCUAGCAAGCUCCUGGCUGUAGCUGGUGACCUCGCCGACGCGGAGUCGCUAGUGGCGCUGAAAGACCUGGUGAACAGGUUGGGUUCUGAGAACACUUGCACCGAGCAAUACUUCCCGCUAGAGGGCGCCGGUAUCGAUCUGCGGUCCUCAUACCUCUGCAACACUAAGAUCGCCAAUGUUGAGGACUCAGACUUUGUGCUUCUUAUCGGCGCUAACACCCGUUUCGAGGCGCCAUUGUUGAACGCCCGUAUCCGCAAGGCCUACAUUCACAAGGACACCGAUGUAGCUUUCAUUGGACCCAAAGUCGACCUCACCUACGAUUACUUGCACGUGGGUGACUCCGCUUCCAUUGUAAAAGACCUGGCUUCAGGAACGUCGUCCCACGAAGUAAUGAAGCGUCUAGAGUCAGCUAAGCGUCCCGUGGUGAUCCUGGGAGCAGACCAGCUCAAGACCCCUGAAGGAGCCGCUAUCCUCGCCUACACACAGGAGCUGGCACUCCGUCUGCAGGAAAAACUUGAGGAUAAGAGCUGGAAGGUGCUGAACGUACUCCAGCGCACGGCCUCGCAGGUGGCAGCCUUGGACAUCGGGUACAGGCCGGGCGUGGGCCCCGUACUGCAGGACGGGCCUAAGGUCGUGUACUUACUGGGCGCCGACAGUGGAGUCGUGUCCAGAGACCAGCUGCCUAAGGACGCUGUUGUCAUCUACCAAGGUCACCAUGGCGACGUCGGCGCGGCGAUGGCGGACAUAGUGCUCCCCGGCGCGGCCUACACGGAGAAGCGCGCCACGUACGUCAACGCGGAGGGACGUGCGCAACAAACACUCGCCGCCGUCACUCCGCCUGGUAAAGCACGCGAUGACUGGAAGAUCAUUAGAGCUCUAUCAGAGAUCAUAGGCGAGCGCCUUCCUUAUGACAACCUGGACGAGGUGCGCGACCGCCUGAGUCAGAUCAGCCCGGCGCUAGUCACUUACGGCAAUGUAGAAGACAACAACUAUUUCGCGCAGGCCAGGUCUCUUGCCCAGAGCCUCCAGAAGCCAGUGUCUGGCAAAGUGGACGUGCAGCUGAAGCAAUUAGAAGACUUCUUCAUGACGGACACGAUCAGUCGCGCCUCGCCCACCAUGGCCAAGUGCGUGCAGGCUGUCCUCAAACAAAAGCAGUCCAAGUACUAGGCGAACAACUUAGAAGUACGACACACGAACACGCAAACAUCUCAUUUCAUAAUACUUCUAUACGAUUCCGGUAAUCACCUUUAUGUGUAUACACAUACGUACUUUAAUUGCUUGUCCUGGAGAUUCGUGUGCCGUACAGUUUAUUAAAUCUUUAAGAUAUUCCCAGCUUUUGUCGUUUGACUUUUGUACAUUUACACCGCAUUUUGGUACUAGUAAAGUUGCAAAAUUAACUUUACAUUUUAGGUUGUAAGCGCAGAAAACUCAAACGAAUAAAGUUGUAUUUUAGGGUAAUUAUAAAAUUUAUAUUUUGCCUUUCUGCAAUCAUUUUUACGAGGAAAAUACUACAGAAAUGCACUUUGCGUGGUCGAGGGCUGUUACCUCAGUACCUCACUCGAUACAAUUAUAUAACUAGAAAACUCGACUACGCAUGUACAUUGUGAUUUGUAGCUAUUUAUUUUGUUAUUUAAUAGAUAAGCAUAACAGUGUUGCAACAAUUAUAAAAUAUCAAUAUAUUAAAUUAUUCAUGGUACUCUGUAGCGAAGGAAUGAAGAAAAGUGACCGACCGUAACUUGAAUGUGAGAACAGAU